UCCACCUUACCCUCUUCAUGCCCUAAACCCUCCCUUAUGCCCCCUCCCCUGCCGGUUUCCCCCACAUGGCCUACGUGAACAAACCGUCGCGAUACACUCGCGAUUAGAGCAAGCUGGGAGGCAACGGCGGUAUAGCGGCGUACAGAGACAAUUGAAACUUCCAUCUCUCUCAUCCUUCCACUCCGCUCCUACCAGAAACCAUUGAGGAAGCAGGAUAUUGUACAGUUGGAUGCCAUGGCUGAAGUAUCUUUGUGCCCAUCUUCUAUUUCGGACGGCGCAAUGAAGAAUCCAAAGAGGAGGAGCAAGCAGAAGAUUACAAAUAACUUUAAAUCUCUUGAAUCUGAUCGCCCCGACUUUAUUCAUUGGAAUCAAGUUGAGAACAGCGGCGACUUAUUCGCUUUUCUUUCCGACGGAGUUGAAGGAGGGUUCCUUUCGUUGGAAGAGAUAGAUGAAUCGGAAUAUCGUCUAUUCGGUGGAACAUCGGAUAUGGAGAGCGAGAAGAAUAAGAAGGAAAUCACCGCUUCCUCUAAGUCGAAGAAAAGGAAGCGGGUCAAUGCCGAUGCAGAGUCAGAGGGGGACGAUUCGUACACAGUUAAUAUGGGAGAUGAAGAAGAGAAGGGUAGUAAUAAGAAGAAGAAGAGGAAGAAGAGAAGUAGCAAGGAUCAUGAAAAUAUCGAUACGAUACAUGGUGGGGAGCCAGACCGUUAUAAAGGAAGGGCUGAAGCAGACAUUAACAAAACCAAUCCUGACAGUGGUACAGAUGAAGAACCACUCGGUGAUGAUGGAAUUUCUGCUUGGAAUGAACUCAGACUCCAUCCUCUUUUGAUAAAAUCAAUGCGCAGGCUUGGAUUUAUAAAACCUACUCCAAUACAGCAAGCUUGCAUUCCUAUUGCAGCUCAUCAUGGAAAGGAUGUCAUUGGUGCAGCUCAAACAGGUUCCGGGAAAACCCUAGCAUUUGGAUUACCAAUUUUGCAACGCCUUCUUGAAGAACGGGAGAAGGCUGGAAGAUUACUUCAGAAUGAUAUUGAAGUCACCAGAGGUUCUAGGGAAUGCCACCUCCGGGCACUUAUUUUAACCCCGACAAGAGAGCUCGCCUUACAGGUAUCUGAUCAUCUGAAGAAGGCAGCCAAAAAUAUCAAUAUCCGUAUAGUUUCCAUUGUGGGUGGUAUGUAUUCAGAAAAACAGGAGAGGCUACUUAGGAGUAGGCCGGAGAUUGUUGUUGGAACUCCAGGAAGGCUAUGGGAACUAAUGUCAGGGGGAAAUGAACAUCUUGUGGAGCUACAUUCUUUGUCCUUCUUUGUGCUGGAUGAGGCUGAUCGAAUGAUAGAGAAUGGGCAUUUUAAUGAGCUCCAAUCCAUCAUUGACAUGCUUCCAACAGUUAAUGGCACUAUAGAGCAAGUUUCUGUAACAAAUAAUACUCACAAAAUGCUUCCAACAGUUAAUGGCACUAUAGAGCAAGCUUCUGUAACAAAUAAUACUCACAAAACAAUCCUAAAUUUGCCACGAAAGAAGAGACAGACAUUUGUUUUCUCUGCCACUGUUGCCUUAUCGGACAAUUUUCGCAAGAAGCUAAAGCGUACUUCAUCCACUACAAAAUCAGCCAUGACAGAUGGAUUAACUUCUAUUGAAAAGCUUUCAGAGCGAGCUGGAAUGAGACCUGAUGUUGCAAUUAUUGAUUUGACAAGUGCUUCUAUUGUGGCAGAUAAGCUUGUGGAGUCAUUAAUUGAGUGCGGUGAAGAAGAAAAAGAUGCAUACUUAUAUUACAUUCUAAGUAUUCAUUGUAAAGGUCGCACAAUUGUUUUUUGCACAUCAAUUGCGGCGUUACGUCACAUUUCAUCUUUACUGCAUCUUCUUAAUGUUAGUGUUUGGACCCUUCAUGCUCAGAUGCAACAAAGGGCCCGCUUAAAGGCCAUGGAUCGUUUCCGUGACAAUGAGCAUGGGGUUUUGAUAGCUACUGAUGUUGCAGCCAGAGGUCUUGAUAUUCCAGGUAUUCGAACAGUUGUUCACUACCAAUUGCCCCACUCGGCUGAAGUUUAUAUUCACAGAAGUGGUAGAACUGCAAGAGCUUCAUUUGAUGGUUGCUCUAUUGCACUAAUUUCCCCCAGUGAUAAAGCAAAAUUUACUUCUUUAUGCAAAUCAUUAUCAAAGGAGAGUUUUCAAGAAUUUUGUAUAGAUUCGGCCUACAUGCCUGAUGUUUUGAAGAGAAUAUCACUUGCUCGGCAAAUUGAUAAAAUCCAGCGAAAAAUAUCCCAGGUGAGUGCCAAAAAAAGUUGGUUUGAACGAAAUGCUGUUAAUGUAGAAUUGGCAGUGGAUGAAACGGACAGUGAGGAAGAAAGGGGGAUGGUCUAUAAACAAAAGAAAACCAGUUUGCUCCAUUUGAAGAAGUUACAGCAGGGAUUGAUUGCUCUGUUGUCAAGACCAGUGCAACCGAAGGCAUUUUCACACCGAUUUUUGGCUGGGGCUGGUGUUUCACCUCUUGUUCAACAACAACUACAGGAGUUGUCAAAUGCAAAAUUGAUAGGAAAAAUGGGUUCUCAAGAGAAGAAAACCCGAGGACUUGUGGUAAUUGGUCAAGACUGUGUCGAACCACUUCAAGCUCUUAGGAACUCUGGUCGUGAGAUCUGCGUUAAUGUAGACAAAAAGAGAGAAACAAGGAGACAGGUUGAAAACUGGAAACGCAAGCGAAGAGAAGAAAAAAAGCGACAACAUGAACUGAAGAGAAAGGAGAGGAAGAAAGCGAAGCAGGGUAUUAAGUAGAGAUAGGGCUCUGAAACCAGAAAGAUUAGUUCAAACACUUGCUUCAACAAAUGCUUGAAAUUUUUGCAGAAUUAUUGACUAAAUUAUGAUGAGAUGCUAAAGUUUAGAGCUUAGAGAAAACUAAUGAUAGAAAUCAAUUAUGAUUACGAUAUGAAAUGUUUAUGAAGCUAUUAUAAUGUUGAAAUGAAU